CAUCUUUGACCCUGUUGUUGUGAUGGGACGGGCUUGUCAGCGAGCAGCCUGAUUCGCUGUUGUCUCGGGACAAUAAAGGCACGCACGCACGCACGCACGCAGACAAACAAACAGAGGACACACGAGCACACGGCACUGCUCAUCAUCACAGAAGCGGCAGCAGCGUUCUGUGCUCGAUUGGUCCGGUCUGCUGCAGCCAUGGCAGACUCCGAGUCGGAUAGUGUUACAAUCCCCGAGUUCAACUGUCUCCUUCAAAUGGACCCGUACCUCAAACCGUACGAGAAGGACUUCAAGAGGAGGUAUGAGCUGCUCCAGAAGCAGCUGUUUCAGCUGGAGGAGACGGAGGGAGGCGUUGACCAGUUCACACGCAGCUACAGGACCUUUGGUGUGCAGCGACGGCCUGACAACAGCCUCUGCUUUAAAGAGUGGGCUCCGGCAGCAGAGGCUCUCUUCCUCACUGGCGACUUCAAUGCCUGGGACAAAUUCUCUCACCCCUACCAGAAGAAAGACUUUGGAAAGUGGGAACUGAUCAUACCGCCCAAACAUGACAAGUCUCCAGCUGUGGAUCAUAACUCCAAACUCAAGGUGGUAGUCCACACUAAGGACGGUCAGCGACUGUACCGCAUCUCACCAUGGGCAAAGUAUGUGACCAGGGAAGAGAAAUCGGUCAUCUACGACUGGGUUCACUGGGACCCUCUUCAGCCUUAUAUUCAAAUUCACCCGCGGCCCAAGAAGCCAGCGAGCCUAAGAAUAUAUGAGGCUCAUGUUGGCAUCGCUUCACCAGAGGGAAAGGUCGCCUCAUACACCAACUUCACUGUCAACGUGCUCCCUCGAAUAAAAGACCUGGGUUACAACUGUAUUCAGAUGAUGGCUAUCAUGGAGCAUGCCUACUAUGCGAGCUUUGGAUAUCAGAUUACCAGUUACUUUGCUGCCUCCAGUCGCUACGGUACCCCAGAUGAGUUGAAGCAGCUGGUGGACGUGGCGCAUUCCAUGGGCAUCGUGGUGCUGCUGGACGUCGUUCACAGUCACGCCUCCAAGAACACGGAGGAUGGACUGAACCGCUUUGAUGGCUCCGACACGUGUUUCUUCCACUCUCCACCCCGAGGGGAGCACAGCCUCUGGGACAGCCGCCUCUUCAACUACUCCAGCUGGGAAGUGCUGCGGUUCCUGUUGUCAAACCUGCGCUGGUGGAUGGAGGAGUUCCGCUUUGACGGCUUCAGAUUUGACGGCAUCACGUCCAUGCUGUACCAUCACCACGGCAUCAGCGUGGGCUUCACCGGGGACUACAGCGAGUAUUUUGGCCUUCAGGUGGAUGAAGACUCUUUGGUUUACCUGAUGCUUGCCAAUCACGUUCUCCACACCCUCUACCCUGAUUGCAUCACCGUGGCAGAGGAUGUGUCGGGGAUGCCCGCUCUCUGCAGAGCGGUGCAGGAAGGAGGGCUCGGGUUUGACUACAGACUGGCAAUGGCCAUUCCUGACAAGUGGAUUCAGAUCCUGAAGGAGUUAAAGGAUGAGGAGUGGAGCGUGGGCCAUAUUGUCUACACACUGACCAACAGGCGCUACGGAGAGAAAUGCAUAGCCUAUGCAGAAAGUCACGAUCAGGCUCUGGUCGGGGAUAAGACUCUGGCCUUCUGGUUGAUGGACAAGGAGAUGUACACUAACAUGAGCUCCCUGAUUCCCAUGACAUCCGUCAUUGACCGCGGCAUGCAGCUCCACAAGAUGAUUCGCCUCCUCACUCAUAGUCUGGGCGGCGAGGGUUACCUCAACUUCAUGGGGAACGAGUUUGGCCAUCCUGAGUGGCUGGAUUUCCCCAGAGAGGGGAACAAUAAUAGUUAUCACUACGCCCGGCGGCAGUUUGAUCUAGUGGAUCACCACGACCUCCGCUACGGUCAGCUCUACGCCUUUGACCGGGACAUGAACCGGACUGAGGACAAGUACGGCUGGCUCUCCGCGUCUCCUGCUUUUGUCAGCGCCCAGCAUGAGGAGGACAAGGUCAUAGUGUUUGACAGGGCAAAUGUGCUCUUUAUCUUCAACUUCCACCCCAGUCAGAGUUUCCAGGACUACCGAGUGGCUGUGGAAGCACCAGGAAGAUACAAGAUCAAGCUGGAUUCGGAUGAGGCUCUGUAUGGAGGUCACGGACGCCUGGACCACAACACGGAGUUCUUCACCGAGGCGCAGCCCUACAACGGUCGCUCCAACUCCAUGCAGGUCUACAUCCCCUGCCGAACAGCCAUUGUCCUGGCCAACGAGGAGAUAGAUUACUGUUAUUAGAGGAUGAUUGUCUCCACAGAGACGGCGAGCGAGAAAGGAUUCUAACCCCGACCGAGUGUUAACAAUCACCUCCAUCUCAAAGUGUCAACCUUGCAUGCCACCCGAACCCACUUUUUUGUGUUUGAGACUUCGUCUAAAUGGGUUAGAAAAAAAAAGAAGAAGAAGCAUUGUGUGCUUUCAAACACCAUCUGCAACAUUAGAUGCUGCGUAACCCCAUUUACCACAGAUUGGUCCAUUUGGAAAGCGUCCAAAAUAACCAGCAGCUAGAUGCUAAAACUCCAAACCCCGCUGAGUCCGUCCUCCGGCAGCCAGCAGCCAUUUAUAGGCUCCGUUGAAUCGGGUGUGUCAUCUGUCACCUGACACACGCGACCGACGACUGUGGACGAGGGAGGAGGCGCAAAAAAAACUGAGAGAUGAGAGUAUUUCAAAUUCUUAGGACGACCCGUUUUGUUUUCAUUCAAUUAUUUUUGUAUGUAAAUGCAAAUUACAUAGGAAGCAAAAGCAAUUUAUACUUUCACCAGUCAACAUGUGUAAUCCAUAUUAAUUCAUUUCUGUUCGGGGGACAUGAAAUGUCCGUAAAUAUUGUAAUUUGCACACAAAAAAAAUAAGAGGCUGCUUUAAAAUGAUCACACGAUGAUUGUGUGUCUAAAGCACUCAAAUGUCAUUUGAAUUCACGCAGCUACGACGAGCAUUAAUACGGUUAUUUGUGGCCCAGGUAUUGUGAUAAAUUUGCUCAUUUUUUGUGCGUGUGUGUCGUAACACACACAAACGACACAUUAGCUGAAUUACACUGUGUUUCCACUUUGCAUAAAGUGAUGCUUAGCUUUUUUCCCCUCAAAACAAGAAUCACGUGAAGUCAUUAAUGUUGUCAGUUUCAGCGAAAAAUAAACGGAUGCCAGUUAUUUAACACA